AUUACAGUGAUAACCCGAGAUUCUUGCAUGCAUGAAGUGAGAGAAGAGACCAGUUUCAUGAACAUUUGUCUUUCAGCUGAUAUCCCUUUGCUUCGUUAUUUCAUUUGUUAAUCAUCAAAGUAAUUACACGGAAGAUUCCUUCUUCAGUGUCUUGAAAAUUUAGAUACCAAUCUUCGCAAGCUGAACUCUCGUUUAUUUGUUAUACGUGGUCAACCAGCUGAUGUAUUUCCUCGCCUCUUUAAGUUAUGGAAAAUCACUCAUCUUACGUUCGAAAAGGAUCCCGAGCCUUAUGGCCGUAUCAGAGAUCUCAAUAUUACAACCAUGGCACAAGAAAAUGGAAUCACUGUCAUAAGUCGCACAUCACAUACUUUAUAUGAAUUGGAAAAGAUUAUUGAAAAAAAUCAUGGUAAAUCUCCGUUAACAUAUAAACAGUUUCAAAACAUACUUGCAAGUAUGGAACCACCUCCACCACCCCAACCUAAAAUUACUGUGGAAGAUGUUGGAAAUUGCUACACUCCAUUAUCUGAAGACCACGAUGAAAAAUAUGGAGUACCAACACUUGAAGAGCUAGGCUUUGAUACAGAAAACUUGAAGCCUCCAGUGUGGAUUGGAGGAGAAACAGAAGCAUUAGCUCGUUUGGAGAGGCACUUGGAACGCAAGGCUUGGGUAGCUAGUUUUGGCCGGCCAAAAAUGACUCCCCAAUCUCUCUUGCCAAGCCAGACAGGUCUGAGUCCAUAUCUACGAUUUGGUUGUCUCUCUGCCCGUUUGUUUUAUCAAGAAUUAGCUGAACUGUAUAGAAAGAUAAAAAAAGUCAAUCCACCAUUAUCUCUUCACGGCCAAAUACUUUGGCGAGAAUUCUUUUACUGUGCUGCUACAAACAACCCAAAGUUUGAUCACAUGGUAGGGAAUUCAAUGUGUGUACAGAUUCCUUGGGAUGUUAAUCCUGAGGCAUUGGCAAAAUGGACGAACGGGCAAACUGGAUUUCCUUGGAUUGAUGCUAUCAUGACUCAGCUACGAGAAGAGGGGUGGAUUCAUCAUGUUGCGAGGCAUGCCGUAGCCUGUUUCUUGACACGUGGAGAUUUAUGGAUAUCAUGGGAGGAGGGCAUGAAAGUUUUUGAUGAGCUAUUACUAGAUGCAGAUUGGAGUGUGAAUGCUGGCUCAUGGAUGUGGUUAUCUUGCAGCUCUUUUUUUCAGCAGUUUUUCCAUUUAUACUGCCCAGUACGAUUUGGCAGAAAAGCUGAUCCAAAUGGCGAUUAUAUCAGGAGGUACUUACCAGUUCUAAAAAAUUUUCCAACAAAGUACAUACAUGAACCUUGGACUGCUCCAGAAAAGGUGCAAUUGGCUGCGAAAUGUGUGAUCGGCAAAGACUAUCCUAUGCCUAUGGUAAAUCACCAAGAUGUUAGUCACAUAAAUUUGGUGAGAAUGAAACAAGUUUAUCAGCAACUCAGUUAUUAUCGAGGAGCAAAUAUGUGUAAUACUUUGACCACUCAUUCAAGUCAGCAAAGAGAUGAUGACGGAUAUCCCAAGAUUGUCAAACGGAAAGCUGUUGAUUAUCCAGAUGAUAUGGAAGAAAGACGAUAAGUAAGCAGCUACUUAUGGUACAUUCUGUACAGUCUCAUUACUCAUUGUUGAGUGUAUUGAAUAUCAUUCCAUGAAUUCUUUCACUUUUCACGCAUUUCUAUCUUCAUAUUGGUUUAUAUAUUGGACCCAACCUUCUGCUCCAUUUUCGAACACAAAGUGAUUCAGUAUGAAUAGUGAUUCUGUGACCAAAUGUUACAUUAUUAUUAUCUUCACAUAUGUUUCAUGAUGUUCUAGCUUAUUCCAGUUUGUAGUCAUUUUAAAGAUAGAAUGUAUUGCACAGCUCCUUUUGAAUUAUGUCUUUUUGCGAACAUAUACAGAUGAUUCUUGAACAGUGUAGGUUUGAACUAUGCAGCUCCACAUACACCUAAAAUUUUUUAAUAAAUACAGUGUGUGCUAAAAGUAGAGCAAUGUCUUUUGCAGAUGAAUUACAAUUAAGAUAUGAAAAUUAUUUAAAAAUAAAUUGUUAACUUGUAUAGGUGUUUCACAAAAGCAGUAGCUUAGUUCUUCACAAAUAGCUAACAUCAGGAUCAUUUACAAAAGUGACACCUACUUUUAUUAAAUUAUUCCUUUAGGUACAUGUUGAAUUAUGAAAUAUAUUUCAUUUUUCCCAGUGCAGGUUACAACUACAGUCAAAAGUCGUUAAUCCGGACUCGUCGGGACUUCGGCGGUUCCG